AUGCAUCGUUUUUUCCUUCUCCUGUUUUUCACGUCUAAUGUAUUUUAUUCGGAAGCCAUUCGAUGUCGUAGCUGCUACAGCUACAAUGGUCAAGCUUGUGUGAAUGCACCUGACUGUGAAUCGGAUGUUUGUUUAUACGAACAACUGAACGCUGCCAAUGGGAUAACACAUGUUCUCCGAACCUGCUAUACAAAAGGGAAAGCUUACAUGUUUGAUGAUGGUGUUACUAUGAGCAAUUUGAACCAAUGUGUAACACGAACCACACGACAGGGCCAAUACUAUGUAUCUUUGUGCACUUCUCAAGAUAUGUGCAACAAUGAUUGUCGAACAGAACAACAACCGAUACAACCAACUCUUCCCCCAGUUAAUCCACCCGUCCCUCUUGGUUCUGUUACGUGUUAUGAUUGUGUCUCAACAGAUGGUACAGACUGUCAAACAAGCACAUGUCAAGGGGCAUACUGCCUAUAUGAACGUCGUCUCACUAAUAAUCAGAUGUACCUUCGAAAAUUGUGUUUAGUUGAACCUGUAAUCCAGCUGGACGAUGAAACUACUGUAACUAACGUAGAUAUUUGCGAAGUUAGAAAUACAGUAUCUAGUCGUUAUUUUGUCAAAAUUUGUAAUGAUCUGAAUCUCUGCAACAACUACUGUAAUCCAGGCCAAUCACCUCCUCUCCCACAAAGACAGCCACUGGUUCGUUGCUAUGACUGUGAAGCAUCCAACGCAGACUGUUUUACAGGAUCCUGCGAAGGAAACUUCUGCAUUUUCGAGAGACAAAUUCGUAGUGGAACUUCCAAAACAUAUUUCCGUAAAUCAUGUUCAAGUCUGCCAUAUGCUCAAUACCCAGAUGGAUCCUAUACGGGAGUACCAAAUGUAUGCAGCACAAAAGUGAUCAAUGAUGUAGAAUACAAUGUGAAAGUCUGUAAUACUGGAAACAUGUGCAACUCGCAAUGCUCCCUUGACUCAUCAGCAGUCACUUGCACUCAGUGCUCUGCUAUAAAUUCUGAUGAUUGUAGUGGAGGAACCUGUCAAGGACGUUUUUGUAUAUUUGUGCGAUCGAAAUCACAGCUUGAUCCGACCAAAACCACUGUUAAGAAGUCAUGUGCCACGACUUCAAUUCUUAGUUUUCCGGACAACACCCCAUAUACAGAUGUGAAUCACUGUCAAUACAAAACGCUAGGAUCAGUUCAAACUGUGCUAAAGGCAUGCAAUACAACCUUCUGCAAUACAGCGUGCUCAGAUGUGCCCCUACCAACUCCUUCACCACAAAACUCUGCCGUAAAUUUUCUAAUCCUCCCUUCGAUGUUUACUGUUUUAGUUUCAAUGUAUUAUGGAAGCUGA